AUGCGGAAAGUAGUGUUGUUAUUGCUACUCGGCUAUAUCGUGGCCCACACCUUUUAUUUUAUCUACUCCCUAAUUCACGUGUCCUACACAAGAAGAGAAUUCUCGAAACGGGAUCUUUCUGAUGGCCCAUUGGUGCUCAAGGAAGGUGUUGUCGCGAAAAAAGGCAAAGUCAUUGCACUUAACAAGAAGCCGAAAAAGAAACCUAUCAAGGAACCAGUGCAUGUCGGAGAAUUUUCCACUGCGGAAGCGAAUUCGAUGUCAAGUUCGAAGCACCUCAUCUAUUUUACUGUAGUGAAUGGGGCAUUCGAGAAGCUGACACUAAACUGGCUGUGCAAUUUGGCUAUUUUCAAGGUUUGCCUUUAA